UUUGACCACACCUGGCUUCUCUAGUGCUCCAAAGAUGGUCUACUUCUGGGAAUUCCUGACAUUCCUAAAUUCCCCAGGCCCAGGUACCCUCUUGAUCCUAAGAACUGGCUUUUCCCCUCCCCCAGGAUCACAGGUAGAGGGAGCUGGGCCACUCCUACACCCUGAGUCACAGCAAGGGCUAGGUAGGGCCGCUCAGAGCUGGAGCAGGCUGCGGGCUGAGCCAAGGCUGGCUGCUUAAUCCGAUUACCAAAGCCUGGGGCUUGGGCUGGGCCCUGGGUUGAGUGGGGAACAGGGUUCCUUCACUGCAGCCUUUGGGACCCAGGUGUCCAGCCCUCAUUCCUACUGUUUCUCUGGAUCCAGGCUUUUCUACCAGCAUCCACAUCACUGACCUCUCAUCCCUAACCCUGGGAGUUGUCCUGGGAUUCCUGCCUCCCUGAGGUUUGGAGACAAAACAACAUAAUUGAAUGGCUGGAGAAACCCAGCCACAGACUGAAGCCAGGUGAGAGGCGCUGGCACUUGGGCUGCGCCUACCGGCGGCCUCGAGAUUCCAAAGACCCAGAGCAGAAGGGUUUACCUCGCCACCCACGGGGGCUAGUGGCCCGGCAGCGGGACCGGGUGGGUACCUCCCAGCAACAAGGAAGGAGAACAAGACCUGUGCCAGGUACCACACAGCGUACUGCGCUCUACUCUCUCCGAAGCGCGCAGAUUGGGAGCAGGGCCUCUGCUGUAAGAACUUUGAACUUGCAGGCGACAUAAUACUUUUUAAGGACACGAAUUUUUUCAGAACUGCCCCAGACCGGGAAGACUUCUAUUUGAGGAUACCAGGUUUGGUAAUCAACUUUACAUUUUGGAGGGGAGGGCGUGUAGGUCGCCCUCUUUUAAGACUUCCCUCCCUCCAAUCGCCCAUGGCGCUAUCCGGCUCUUCACAGGACCAGGCCUGGAACCUGGAAGCUCCAGCCCCCACUGCCUCUGCCUCGUCCUCGGGCUCCCAAGAACGGGAGGGCGCGCGGAGCCCGGCGGUAUCCGCGGGGCUUCCAUUGGAGAAGGUGAAGCGGCCCAUGAACGCAUUCAUGGUGUGGAGCUCCGCUCAGCGCCGCCAGAUGGCGCAGCAGAACCCAAAGAUGCACAACUCUGAGAUCUCCAAGCGCCUGGGCGCGCAGUGGAAGCUGCUGGGCGAGGACGAGAAGCGGCCCUUCGUGGAAGAGGCUAAGCGACUCCGGGCCCGACACCUGCGUGACUACCCCGACUACAAGUACCGGCCUCGACGCAAGGCCAAGAGCUCGGGCGCCGGGCCGCCCAACUUUGGUCAGGGAAGCGGCGGCGUGGCUGGUGGCGGGCGGGUCUGGGGACCCGGGUACCCGACCACCCAAGGGAGCAGAGGCUUUGGAUAUCAACCCCCCAACUACCCUACAGCCUACCUGCCUGGCGGUUACGGCUCUUCCCGCUGUAAACCUGACACCCCCUCACCGUGUUCCUUUCCUCAGAGUAACCCCAGGCUCCAGGGGGAGUUACUUCCUCCCUAUAGCCCCUACCUACCCCCAGGUUCUCCCACCCAGUACAACCCUCCCCUCUCAGGUGCCCCCAUGCCCCUGACCCACCUCUAACCUUCAUGGACAUGGACCACCCAGAAGGGUCCAUUCUUCACCCAGAAGUGCCCCACUCCUAGGCUG